GAAUAUGAUUUUUGAUUACUUGAUUGUGUCCCAGUCAGUCAGCUGUUGUUUCCUUUGUGAUAAAAUAAUACAAAAUCUCGUUUUCCAGACUUCUGAGUCCAGUUAGUAAAUACUAAAUAGUAGGUAACAAAACAUUGUAUUUUUAUUCCUCUUCUUUCUUCCAAUUUCAUUCAUUCCAUCUUUAAGUUCUUUAAGUUCCGACUUUAAGCAGUUGUUUUUAUAAUUUUAACAACUAGUGUUAAACUUCGAUACUACCGUCGUAGAAAUUGUUUAGUGCGCUAGUAGUAUAAAUACGGUGUUUUUUUACGAGAAACAUCCACACGUCGAAAAUGUCAUCCGGUUCUUGUGGAACGAACACCAAGAAACAGAAACUGCACCACCAUCACCAGGCGUCGUUAGACGUCAACGGUGGUAGCGGUAGUGCGUCAACAGCUAUGCUCGAUGGUGUCGUUCAAAAAAUUACCACCCCAGCGAUGGGGUAUUUCUGUUUUGAUACACUUUACUCCUAUCUCAACAGCCUGGAGCCGCCUAAGAAACCAGAUUUCACAAACGACCCAUUUCCUCUGUUUGUAACAUGGGAGACCGGAGUAGACAAGAAACUCAGGGGAUGCAUCGGCACAUUCAAUUCAAUUGCUUUGCACAGUGGCUUACGCGAAUACGCCAUAACAAGUGCACUGAGGGAUUCCCGAUUCAAACCAAUCUCAAACGACGAAUUGAACCGAUUACAUGUAACCAUAUCGAUAUUGUUACACUUCGAGGAAGGGAAAGAUUACAACGAUUGGGAAAUCGGCGUUCACGGUAUACGCAUUGAAUUUCAAAACGAACGUGGAAUGAAGAGAACUGCUACUUAUUUACCAGAAGUGGCCGAAGAACAAGGUUGGGACAAAAUACAAACAAUUGAUUCACUCCUGCGUAAAGGAGGUUAUCGAGGUCACGUGACACCCGAGACUCGCCGUUCUUUAAAAUUGACUAGAUAUCAAAGUGAAACUGUAUCAGUCAGUUUUCAAGAUUAUAUGAACCAUAUGCAAACUCUACAUUGCUAGCAGCAUCUUUGGGGCCAAAAAGACGCAGUGGCCCCUCAUAUACCAACACUGCCUAUUUUUAAACAUCCAAAAAUAUAUUUAACAUAUACACAUCCUUUAUUACAAUCAAUAUAUUUCAAACAAACAUCACCAAUUUAUUAUAACUACCCAGCAUAAUACAAAAUGAGAUGACCAAUUAAAAAAUAAUAAGUAAUAUGAAAAUAAUCUAAUUGUUGUGAUUUUAAAGUAAAAGAUAUUAUUUUAUUUUCCCAUUUUUUUAUGGUUUUUGUAAAAUAAUUUAAUAAUUAAUCAGAUUUUAGAGUUGACCAAGAUACACAUUCAAAAUAUUUAAUAAUUAUUGAUUUCUAAUUAUGAUUUUAAAAUUAUUUUUUAUUUUAUUUUAAGUUAUGCUUGUAACAGACAAUAAACUCCUUAAGACGAUGUCCUAGCACUAUUUGUUUUCUUUUUUUAACCCUUACACAAUAGUGAAUUUGCAUUAAGCUGUACCAAUCUUUUGUUGUUAUCUUUAAGAUAACAAUUAAUUAUAUUAAAUUUAAAAACUUAAUCUGUGUUUGUAUGUUGGUUUAUAUCACAAAAUUGCAAGUAUUAUCCUAGUAAUGAGUGUAGAAUAUAAAAAUGCAUAUUUUUCAUAGAAAAAUUGAAAUAUUAAGAAAAGCCAAUUUACAAACUUAGAUUAUGUUCUUAACUACAAGUUUCAUAAUAAAUCAAUUCCUUUAUUAAAAUAUUGCACCAGACAACACACAGUUGCUUUUAACGGACAUUGAUUCAGUAUGUUGUCUGAAUCAAUGAGAGGAAACAAAUAAUGUGAAUACAUCCUCUUAACUUAAAUUCAAUAACUGUUUAGGUAUAUACAAAUUAAUGCCUUUUUUU